AUGGAUUAUCUGGCUGCCGCAAAUGUCAAGUUUCUCGUUGAUCUCUUCAAGCAUUUGGAUAAAAAUGACAAAAUUGUCAACAUCUUUGUAUCUCCAUUUAGUAUAUCAAGUGCUCUGGCUAUGGUGUAUCUUGGUGCCAGUGGAAAUACAGCAACACAGAUGGCAAAGGUGCUUGCUUUUGACGAAGUCAAGGAUGUCCACGCUGAGUUUCAGAAACUUCAACUUGAAUUGAACAACCCUCAAGCAAAGUACGUGCUGAAAACAGCCAAUCGCCUUUUUGGAGAGAAGAGCUACAACUUCCUUGCAGCGUACCUUGCUGAUACACUGAAAUACUACCAGGCAGAACUGGCUCCAGUUGAUUUUCUUACCGCAGCAGAAGCAGUCAGACAGGAGAUCAACACCUGGGCAGAAAAACAAACUGAAGGCAAGAUCACAAACCUACUGGCUGAAGGAUCUGUUGACAGCUUGACAAAGCUUGUUCUUGUAAAUGCCAUUUAUUUUAAGGGAAACUGGCACAGAAAAUUUAAUACAGAAUUGACACAUGAUGGAGAAUUCAGAAUAAAGCAGCAUGAAACAAAACCUGUGCAAAUGAUGAAGCUAAAAAGCAGGUUUGCCUUCACUUAUAUUCCAGAAGUUUCAACCAAGAUACUUGAGCUGCCCUAUGAUGAUAAUGAGCUUAGUAUGGUCAUCCUAUUGCCAGAUAUAAAUGAUGACUUCACUGGGAUGGAAAAACUUCAGAAUCAUCUCACAGUUGGUCAUCUGAUGACUUGGACCAACCCAGAUAAGAUGAACGAGAUAGAGAUUAAUGUGGCUCUGCCCAAAUUCAAACUGGAAGAAAAAUAUGAUCUUGAGUCUAUCCUCAUAGAAAUGGGGAUGGUUGAUGCUUUCAGCACCACGCAAGCUAACUACUCUGCAAUGACUAGUAGAAAUGAUCUUCUUUUGACCAAAGUAGUGCAUAAAUCCUUUGUGGAAGUUAAUGAAGAAGGCACAGAAGCGGCUGCUUCAACAGCAGUGGUCAUGGUACGAUGUGCUCUGAUAACAGACAACUUUGUGGCUGACCAUCCGUUCCUGUUCUUCAUUCGGCACAACAAAACACGCAACAUUUUAUUCUUUGGAAGAUUCUCAUCUCCUUAGACCUGGUGCCGUUAGGUUGCAGCAGUUUUCA